AUGGACGACCCUGAGUUCGAUACGCAGACCGAUCUCCAAACGCAGAGUAUCUUGCUCGCCGCUGCAAACCACGACAUCGCCUCCCUUCGCAACCUUCUUCGCAACUCCUCCGCAAAUGUCCAAGAUUCCGAGACAGGCUUUACACCUCUGCACGCUGCGAUCGCUGCCUGUGGGCCUGACGAAGAUGACUUAAAGCAAGUCAAUGGGAACAAAAACGGAGAUGCGCCUGAAGAAUCGAAGGAUGAGAUGGACAGCGCUGUAAAGACCAUCAAGUUCCUGUUCGAGAACGGUGCGAUAUGGAAUGAUCUGGAUUCAAAUGGCGAGACACCGGGAUGCAUAGCGCACAGAUUGGGUCUGAAGGAGCUGUAUGAGCUUUGCGUUGAUGCGGGUGUGCGUGCAGAAAUGCUGCUGAGUCGCAUGGAACAAUACCAACUUCUUGGAGACGAUGAUUCAGAUGAAGAGGAAGACGAGGUCGAAGAGGUGGCUGAAGGUGUUGAGGUAGUGGAAAUAAGCCAGGAAGAAGUGCAAGGCGAUGAAUCGACCGAGAACCCAAAUUAUCUUUCUUCGAAGCUCACCUUCGACCGCGACCGAUUACUGGAUGAUUCUUCGAACGGAGUUAUGAUGGAGUGGGAGACAACUCUCAUGCGCAAAUCUGCGGAACUUUUGCUGCCGGCAGAAGGGCUCCGUGUACUAAACGUAGGCCACGGAAUGGGUAUUAUUGAUGGUAUUCUCCAGGAGAAGAAGCCAAAGGCUCAUCACAUCAUUGAGGCGCACCCGGACGUUAUCAAGCGCAUGAAAGAGCAGGGAUGGCACGAGAAGCCAGGUGUCGUCAUUCAUGAGGGCCGGUGGCAGGACGUUGUACCUGGUCUCGUCGAAAAGGGCGAGCUGUUCGACGCUAUCUACUUCGACACCUUCGCCGAAGAGUAUAAAGCACUACGCGAGUUCUUCACAGAACAUGUAAUUGGGCUUCUUGAUCCUGCCAGUGGUUCCGAUGGUGAAGGAGGCAAAUUCGGCUUCUUCAACGGCAUGGGAGCAGAUCGCCAGAUUGUCUACGAUGUUUAUAACAAGAUCGUUGAGUACGACCUAUUCGAAGCUGGCUUCGAUACGGAGUGGGAAACGAUUCCUGUGCCUAACCUGGAUGAGAAGGGCGAAUGGGAGGGUGUAAGGCGGAAGUACUGGGUGCUCAAUGAGUACAAGCUUCCAACGUGCAGUUUCAUCGGUUGA